AGGUUUGAAAUGUGAGGGAGAAGCAAAAAGCCCCCAGAAAAAAAAUAAUUUCGGUUUUGUUUAGGCGUGUUCCGUUUCCGAUUUGGGGAGUGGCUAGGCGGUUCGGAGUGGGCGGCAGGCUCCGCUGUUCGUUCUUGCAGCGGGGGGCGGCAGAGGAGCGGGGGUGCGGGGGAAUUAUCCUGUCAUUUCAUGAUUUCUUGGCCACCUGCGUGUGCUGCUGCUCCUAGUACGCCAGCGCUUUGAUUCGUUCGCCAGGCUUUGCUUUGGUUUCGGGUUCUUUGGCCUUUCCUUUCGCCAAAGAUUGCAGCUUUGGCAGCCGUAGCCUCUUUCUUCUUCGCCGAUUCCAAGCUUGGCCCGGCUAUUCCCUCCUUCAAAAAUCGCGCAGAUUUUGGGUUUUUAACCCCACCCCGUGCGGGCUGAGUCGAAAUUUGUCCUUGCCGCGUGCGAUUGGUGCUGAGUCGAGGUUCAGAGCCUGAAAUUUUGAGAGAUUCCUGGAGGAAUUUUGAGUCUGUGUGUGGAAUUUGGGGUUUGGGGGGUUGCCACUUUUGAGCCCUUGGUGAGUUAGGGGGCUCUUGCCUCUGAAGUUAUCGCUGUUUUGAUGCGAAAUGGGGAAAUUUCUGCCCCCUGUGCUGUUCGGCUGUUGGAUUUGGCAUUUUGGUGUCUGAGCCUUGGUGUAAGUCACUGGUUUUGGGCUGGUGGCUUGUUGAUUUCCCAGUGGUGAUGCUCUCUGCGGCCACCGUGAUGGCACCUGCAGCAGCCACACAGAAGAGCUCCCUCGAGGUCUUGCUCGAGACGAUAAAGAAGCGUGAUGAGCAGCCUAAGGAUGCCCCUCCGGCAUUGCCGGCCCGACCAACGUGCCGUGGACGGUUGCCCACGACAAGACGACCCUCACUGCCGGCCGGGUUUAAGCUUGAGAAUGACAUGGCAACAGUUGUUGCUAUGGAGACGGUGCCGGUUGACAAGAAGCCAGAUGUUGAGAAAGAGAUUUCUGGCCUGGAGACCAAGGAGGACAAGCCGGUGAAAGGUCACAUAUUUGGGACUAAGAGGAAGUUCCACAAUUCAGAAGUGCUGGAGGAGUCACCAUAUGUUGAGUCAUUCCAUGAGAGGAAGGGUACAACAGUUUGUAAGGAUCCCCCAUCUGUCUCCUCGGCAUCGGCGAAGAUGAACGGGAAGCCUGCGUGCACAGAUGUCAUGGAUUAUGUCCGCCAGAAGAAGCUACGAGUUUGGUGUUCUUCUCCAAAUGCAAAGUGGGAACUUGGACAGAUUAAAUCGAUAUCUGGAGGUGAUGCUGAAAUACUCCUGGCUGAUGGAAAAGUUUUGACAAUAUCACCAGAAAUGCUCUUGCCUGCCAACCCUGAUGUUCUUGAUGGAGUGGAUGAUUUGAUCCAGAUGAGCUACUUGAAUGAACCUUCAGUUCUUUACAAUCUACAAUUGCGAUAUUCUCGUGAUCUUAUCUAUACAAAAGCAGGACCUGUUUUGAUUGCCGUUAAUCCAUUGAAAGAGGUUCCACUCUAUGGAAAAACUUCAAUCAUGCAGUACAAGAAAAAGACCAAGGAUGACCCUCAUGUGUAUGCAGUUGCUGAUUUGGCUUUUAAUGAGAUGCUACGAGAUUGCAUAAACCAAUCCAUAAUAAUAAGUGGUGAAAGCGGAGCAGGAAAAACUGAGACGGCUAAAAUUGCAAUGCAAUAUUUGGCUGCUCUAGGGGGUGCUAGUGGGAUGGAAUCUGAGGUUCUUCAGACCAAUGUUAUUCUUGAAGCAUUAGGAAAUGCAAAAACAUCACGAAACGAUAACUCAAGUCGAUUUGGCAAACUUAUCGAAAUAUACUUUUCUGAAACUGGGAAGAUGUGUGGUGCUAAAAUUCAGACCUUCCUGCUUGAAAAGUCAAGGGUGGUUCAAAGGGCACAAGGAGAGAGAUCUUACCAUAUUUUCUAUCAACUGUGCUCUGGAGCUCCUCCCUUUCUCAAAAAAAAAUUGUUUCUGAAAAGUGCCAAUGACUACAAUUACUUGAAGCAGAGUAAUUGCUUGAGAAUUGACGGUGUCAAUGAUUCUAACAAGUUCACGGCGCUAGUGGAUGCAUUGGAUACUAUUCAAAUAUCUAAGGAAGACCAAAUGAAAUUGUUUUCUAUGCUCGCAGCUGUCUUGUGGAUGGGAAACAUAUCAUUCUCUGUUAUAGAUACUGAAAACCAUGUGGAAGUUGUUUCAAAUGAAGGGUUGGCUACAGCUGCAAAGCUGCUUGGCUGCACUUCCAAUCAACUGGUGACUGCUAUGUCCACUCGUAAAAUCCGAGCAGGAAAUGACAGUAUUAUUAAAAAGCUGACAUUGCCGCAGGCCAUCGAUGCAAGGGAUGCACUAGCAAAGUCAAUCUAUGCUCAUUUAUUUGACUGGGUCGUUGAGCAAAUUAACCACUCACUUGGAACAGGGAGGCAAUGUACAUGGAGAUCCAUAAGUAUUUUAGAUAUUUAUGGGUUUGAGUGUUUCAAUAAGAAUGGCUUUGAGCAGUUUUGUAUAAAUUACGCCAAUGAGAGGCUGCAGCAGCACUUUAAUCGUCAUCUUUUCAAACUACAGCAAGAGGAAUACUUGGAAGAUGGAAUUGACUGGGCUCCUGUGGAAUUUGUGGAUAACACUGAUUGCUUAUCUCUCUUUGAGAAGAAACCUCUAGGGCUAUUGUCAUUAUUGGAUGAAGAGUCUACUUUCCCAAAGGCAACAGACCUUUCCUUUGCUAACAAGCUUAAGCAGCAGUUAAGUGGUAACUCUUGCUUCAAAGGUGAACAAGAAGGCACUUUUAAGAUUUGUCACUAUGCGGGAGAGGUGACAUAUGAUACAUCUGGGUUCUUGGAGAAGAACAGAGAUCCGUUGCACUCUGAUUCAAUCCAACUACUCUCAUCAUGUAAAUGUGAACUUCCGAAACAUUUUGCUUCUGUCAUGGUUGCUGAUUCUCAGAAUAAGUCAAGUCAAUCAUGGCACUCAGUAGUCGAUACACAGAAACAAAGUGUUGUCACCAAAUUUAAGGUUCAACUGUUCAAGCUGAUGCAGCAGUUGGAGAGCACAACUCCUCAUUUUAUCCGAUGCAUUCAACCAAAUGGCAAACAAUGCCCCAGGUUAUUCGAGCAUGAUCUUGUCUUGCAUCAGCUUAAAUGCUGUGGAGUGCUUGAAGUUGUUCGAAUAUCAAGAACGGGCUAUCCAACUAGGAUGACUCACCACCAGUUUGCUGAAAGAUAUGGAUUUCUUCUCCUGCGUUCUAUUGCGUCUCAAGACCCACUUAGUGUUUCAAUUGCUGUUUUGCAGCAGUUGAAUAUUCCCCCUGAAAUGUAUCAAGUUGGCUACACAAAAUUGUUUUUCCGUACAGGACAGAUUGCUGCACUGGAAAAUGCUAAAAGGAAGAUGCUCCAUGGAACCCUUUGUAUUCAGAAACACUUCCGUGGGUUGCAUUUUCGACAGGGUUAUCAGGGACUGAAGAAAGGAGCAAUGACUUUGCAGUCAUUUAUACGCGGUGAAAGAGCAAGAAUACACUUUGAUAAUGUCAUCAAGAGAUGGAGGGCAGCUGUUCUCAUACAGAAGUACACUAGGCGUCGAAUUGCAGCUACCAAGUUUAAUGAUCAACUGAAACAUAUCAUUCUUCUUCAGUCAGUGAUGCGUGGGUGCCUGGCCAGGACGAAAUACAAGUGCUUGCAGAAUGAAAAGGAGUCAAAGGAAAUGAAUGGGCACUAUCCUCACCAACCAGUCAUCACAGAACUCGAGGGUCGUAUUUCAAAAGCUGAGGCUGCAUUGCGGGACAAAGAGGAAGAAAAUGUAAUGCUGAAACAGCAAUUGGAACAGUAUGAGAGGAAAUGGUCGGAGUAUGAGGCCAAAAUGAAAUCUAUGGAAGAGGCAUGGAAGAGACAGCUCUCUUCAUUGCAGCUGAGCCUUGUUGCUGCUAAAAAGAGCCUAGUUUCUGAUGAUAUGGCCACUCGAACCGCUCGAAGUGAUUUUACUCCGGCACAUGCUCAGUAUAACUCUGAAGAUACAUUGUCCACCGGGACCCAUACACCUGAAGUGAUAGAGUCGAGACACCACAACCACCAUCCUGAAGCCAAAGUUUCAGCAGGAAACUCAGAUAGGCGGGUAAAUGCUGUGAACCACCUAGAAAAGGAGUUCGAAGACAGGCGACAGGUGUUCGAAGACGAUGCGGGCUUCCUUGUCGCAGUCAAGUCUGGUCAGGUUGGUUCAAAUAUGAACCCAGAUGAGGAACUCCGGAAGCUCAAGGACCGCUUUGCUACAUGGAAGAAAGAUUACAAAUCUCGGUUGAAGGAGACAAAGGUCAAUCUUCAGAAGGUUGGCACUCAUGAUGAGAAAUCCCGGAAAAGAUGGUGGGGGAAGAAGAGCUCAAAGUGAAUGCGCAAGGUAACACCAGAUCCCCACAUUUUGCUGCAUUGGUUCAAGGAAAGUGACCGAGAACGACAGGGAACGACAGGGCAGGCGAGAAGAAAUCCUCCGGGUUCUUCUCUUCAUUGCAAGCCUGCUGAGAUGAUGAUGAGCUCCAUCGUCGGUGGAGGUGCUGUUACUCAAUCCGGUGCUACUGAGUGUCAAAAGAACCAUAUAGCAUCCAUAGGUGAAGUAAGAGUUCUGUACAUGUAGAUUAGUCCUCAGUUUUCCGUGUAUGUAUGCCAUCAUUUAUGUAGAGUGAUAAACUUGAGAUAUGGAAGGGUAAUUAGACACCGACUAUCCGCCAUAGCAAAUAGAGAUGUGACAGCAGCGCUGUCAGAUGUGUACAGUAAGAAAAUGUUAAAAUGUGCAACCCAUCUUACUGUGUUCUUCUUGCCUUUGAUGCUUGCUUACUCUGAAGAAGGUAUGCACCGCUGUUGUACCAGACUAUAGAAAGCUUCAGAAUGCCUGAUGGUGCCA